CAGUUCAGAGACUCUGACGGUUCACGGCUCAGAAGCAACAGAGGAAAAAAUAUUCAAAUGCAUUAAAAUGUCUUUAAUUCUGAUCCUGGUGCUUCAGUUUACAGCAGCAGUGACUGGACAACAUCCCUCCCACUUUCUUGUGAGAGAUGGAGAUGAAGCCACUUUGUCGUGUGAAAAUGUGAAAGGUGAUGGGGACGAAUGCGACCUUACAAACUGGCUCUUCACUGUUUCAGGAAACACAUUAUUUUUAGGGCUGGACGCACAUGGGCAGGCUGGUGAAAAAGCUAAAUCAGACAGAUUCAGUAUUGCAGCAAAAUGCUCUCUAGUUAUAAAGAAGGUCACAGCUGAGGAUGUUGGUGUGUACACCUGCAGACAGAUCAAAUCAGGACAGACUGACGAUGCUCAUGUUCAUCUGUCUGUUGUUACCAUGACUGAACGUCAGGGCAGUGAUGAGGUGACGUUCAGCUGCUCUGUGUUGACGCGGGAGUUUUGCAGACACACAGUGAAGUGGCUCUAUGAGGGUAAAACUGUGGACGAAGGUAAAAAGACACAGUUACAGUCUGACUGCUCAGCUACUGUCACGUUUCCUUCCUCUUAUCUCAACCAGAAGCCAAAGUAUGAUGAGCUAUUAAAGUGUGAAGCAACAGGUAAAAACAACGGAAAAGUGCAGCUGUUCACCUUCAGGCCUCAGUCCUCAGUUGAGGAGGAAACAACCAUCACAGGGUCUGAAAUCAAAGAUACACCAUCACAAGGUUGGAUGAGGUUUGUUAUUGUGACUGUGGGUUUAACAGGCCUCAUGUUAAGUGUUGUGAUAGUCAUCAUAUGGACAAGAACUAAAGGCAACAAAACACAGAUGGAUGACAAAGCUGUGCAUGAUGAUGAAGACGAAGGUGAUGGUGCAGUGAACUACGAAGACUUUGGAGAAAUUUAUUCUUCUGUCCCGUGAUGGACGUCAACUUCAACUCACCACAGGAAUGUUUUUAUGAUCUAAUCAAAAUUUCAAUAAUGUUUGAAGCAUUUAGAUUAAGAAAAGAACAAUGAUCACGUGCACGUCACUUUUACGUGGCAGUUAUUUCUGAUGUGGUGUUUGCUGGUAAUAUCAGACGUUUCAUUAUAUAUCCUGACUAUGUCAUUUUGCUAUUUAAGUGUUUUAGAUAUUGACAUAUGCAAAAUGCAUCUCCAGAUAUAAAGUUUCUGUCAGCACAUUCAGCCACUGAUGAAAUAACAGUAUUUCUCUCUUUAAUAUAUUUUUUAGUUCAUUUUUAUUUGAUAUUGAUUCUAAAAAUAACUUUUUACAUUCAGGUAAUUCUCAGAAGGUCUGGUUGCAUAAAACCAAAACAUCCCUCUGAGCAGCUUCGUACCAUGAUGUCAAAAACACACAGAUUCCUCCUUCCGCUGCAGUUUGGCCUCAGUUUUAUCUCUGAGUGUACAGAAUAACUCAUUUUAUUUCAUUUUCAGAUGUUGUUAACAUGUUUUCUGAGAGUUGAAUAUGUAUUUGGCUUUGAGUCUCUGUAGUUACAUACAGUCUUUGUUAUAACUCAUUAUG